AUGGCAGAAGUUAGAAAAAAAUUACGUAAGAGAGUUCGAGUCCCUGAAACAAUUCAGGAAAUUCCAAAAAAGACUAAUAAAAUCAACAAGUCUACCGACGCUGAUGAACAUACCGCCAAAAAAAUAAAAGAAGAAGCCAAACCAUAUACGCGUGGAGUAUCAUUAACUCUCGAUUUAACAGAUAUGAUAAAUAAUCCACUUUACAGUGAUAUUAUUAUUACAUGUAAAGAUGGAGAAGAAUUGAAUGCUUGUAAAUUACUUUUAUCCGCCCGUUCGGAAUAUUUUAACAAAUUAUUCUCCUCAACUCAACAAAAAGCGAAAGAAUCGUCAUCUUUUCAUAUAACGAACAAAAUUGAUCUACCAGAAUUACCUUCUUCAGCUGUCAAAGUUGUAUUAGAAUAUCUUUAUACUGGAAAUGUGUCUGACGAAACAUUAACAAUUGACAUCUUAUCAGACGCGUAUAAUGGUGCUACAGUCUUCUCACUUUCGAAUUUGAAAGAAAUAAUUGUUCAAUUUAUGAAAACAUACAUGAAACAUCGUCAUAACGUUGGUAGUAGUAAUCAAAUAGCAAAAAUUCUAUCAGAAGUCUCGGAUAAUUCUAUUAUCACAUCUUCAUCUGAUGAAAAUCAACUUAUCGAUGAAAUUUGUAGAUUUUUAAUGUCAAAAUCUCUUUAUAACAUAGAAUAUCAAAAUUUAUCUUCAAAAGCUUUGGAAUUUCUUCUUUAUCACACUUUAAAUAUGAAGGAAGGGAAUUUUGUUACUCCUGAAUAUGACGUAUUUAAAUAUUGUAUAUUGUGGGCCGUAAAUCAAAUUUCAAAGGAUGAUGUUCUCAAUUUUUGGUUACUUAUACCAAAUAAUGAAGAUUUUAAAGCACAGGAAUCUUUGAGUAAAGAAUGGAAUCCGAUUGAUUCAAAUAACGCCUUAUUAAAACAACAUAGGAGUGCAAUUUCUUCGAUAUUGAAAUCUAUUCUAAAAUAUAUUGAUUUCCGUCUUAUUCAUCCUAAUAUAUUAGCCAAUGUGAUUGAACCUUUGGAAAUUGUUAAUCCUUCAAUUCUUAUAGCCGCUUAUCGAUACCAGGCUCAAUUGAAUGAUGGUUUUGUUCAAACGAGGCGAGGUAUCCAAGGGUAA